UAAAAUGGCUGCGCCAACCCAGCACUGACGACUUCAGACAAUGACUGAGACGAAAGAACUCUUUGAAGUUACACGUUGGGCUAUGAUAGCCAGCGGCAUAUGGAGGCUAGAAAUACCAAAGGCAAAUUCUAUGAUUAAAAAAUUAUACUUUUUGUAUUCCAUUGUCACUCAAAUAAUUUUUGAUACAUCCAUUAUAAUGUUUAACAUGGAAUUCAUUAAGCUGUAUGGGGUACACACCGAUCAAGCCAUAGAAAAUCUAUCCAGGAUGAUAUUCGUGCUCCUGUUGAUUGUGAAGUUUUCGAUUUGCCAGACGACCGAGAUGAAAACGCUGCUUAGGAAAGCCUUGGAAGGAGAACGUAAAAUCUUCACAUCAAACAGUAAAACGAUUAUUAACAUAUACAGCACUCACGCAUGGUACUUCAAAAUGUUAAUUUUGGCUAUGGCAGUUGCUACUUUUAUGUUGGCAGUAUAUCUGUCAGAAAUCGGAAUAUCAGAGGCGUAUGAAUUUCACAAGACACACCAAGAUUUCAACGGAUCUGUGGAAGCGGCUUUUCCUGUUGCCCUUUGGUACCCAUUCGAUCGGAACCAACACUUCAUAUUUGUGCUGUGUCAUCAGACGCUUGAAAUUUGCUUAACCGGCCUCUAUACGGUUUCCGUAAAUGCAUUUACCAACUCCAUGAUGAUCUAUUUAAGGGCCGAAUUGAAAAUUCUGCAGUACUGCUUUAAACAUUUUGGGAAUUAUAGGAUUAAACCAGAUAUAUUCGACGGAGAAAAUGUUUCUCUCUAUUUGUUGAAGAUGUUCGGCAGACAACAUCAAAGACUGAUUAUAUGGACAGAGGACCUGAACUCAACCUUCCAGAAACUGAUUUUUUUGGAGUACGGUGUGGCUUCCCUGUUGUUGGCAGCAGUAAUCUUUCAAAUUUUUGCUGGCAUUAGGGUGAUUUUUAACUCAAUUUAUUUUGUUUUGGUGUCUUGUCAAUUGAUGGCUUUAGCUUGGAAUGCCAACGAGAUACUAAUUCAGAGUGAAAACCUAGCUUCAGCACUAUACAACAGCAACUGGUACGACCAAAACCAGCGUACCAAAGUCCUAGUUCGCAUUAUUAUGUUGAGAUGUCAGAAACCUCUAACGAUAUCUAUUGGUCCUUUUGGCGCAAUGACCACAAAUGCCGUUUUAUCACGUUUUAAAUUGGCCUAUUCCUAUCUAUCCGUGAUGUCACCAGGAAGCAAAUAGUAAUGUUAUCAAAUCGUCGACGCGAAGUAAUAAAAAUCAAAUUGACCAAAUCAGGUUUAGAAUUUCUUUUAUUAUUUGUCACAUCAAGGUCAUUGUAAUAUGAUUGCAAAAAAACAGUUCAGGUGAAGAGAAAAAGGGUUUAUAAACUGCCUCAACAUCAACUUUUCAAUGCAAUGAAACAGAAAGAUUAAAAAAUGAAUUAGGUUUGAUAGUAUGGAAAUAUAAAAAGAGAUAGAUACAAACAAGUUCUUUUAAUAUCGAUAGCAGUGAACUAGAUCGAGAUAGGGAAAAUAAACCAAUUUAGUUUAUAGUCAAAACUGGUCUUAUCGUGUGGGUCUUACGAUUUAUCAACGACAAACUUUCCUGUUUAUUUUUUUUAAUCUUGUAAAAUUGUAGCCUCCAAAUAAAAUUCGUAAGAUAAGUAAAACAGACCAACAGUAUACCAACAGCACGUACAACAAAGGAUAAGCUUAUAAUUUUUACCGGUUCUAAAAAGUUUUGAUUUACAGCUGUCAGUUUUGAGACUUUGAAAAUGUUAAGUGGUAAAAUGAAUAAUAAAUUUUAAACUUAAAAUUCAAUAAAAUAUUUUGAAAAUGAAAGAGAAGGUAGAAAAUCGUCAAUCAAUAAUAUCCAGGAUAUAGCAGCGAAAGUGAAAGACAGGGAAUCAGUUUAAAGGCUCUCCAGAAAAUUGUGCAUGGAAAAAAAAUACCGGAGAAGACUAAAAAGUGAAAGAAAGACAGAGAUUUGCGGAAAGAUUUGAAAAUAAAAGUUCCGAACGUGAUUUAUGAUUUACAUAAAUUAAAAACAAAUGUAACUCUUCCAGUUUUGCAAUAACCUAAAAAAGAAACGUAGAGCAGUCCCAGAAAGUGAAUCGGCGUCUUCAAUUUUUAAACAAAUAUAGUGAAGAUUAGAUAUCAAAAUUUAAAAUAGUGGAGAUUCCCCAAUGGAAGUGGUUCAAAGUCUUGGCAAGAUGAGUCUGUAAAAAAUGAAGUUUGAAAAAAUUGGACGGCACUGGAAAAGGGUGGUGGCUCAACAGGAUUUAUUCUCGGUGCCAGUUUAAUUUUUUCUUCCACUAAAAUAGUUUCGAUUAUCACGAGAACAUGAACUCUGAAAUAUCUGAAAAAUAGUUAAAUGAAAAACUGAUACCAAAUACUCCGAGAUCGGAACUUUCUAAUUCAAAAUACAUUAAAAAACCAAAAAUGCAUAUCGUAUGUCAAAUUUUGCGUGGACACCGGCUAGGGUAAUAUCAUAUUUCGAAAAAUAGUGAAGUGAUGGUCUUAAAUCCGAGCAAGUUCGAAUAGUUUGGCAGGAUGCUUUGAAUCAUAUUAGGCACUAACACUGGGAAAAUACCGAGGACAACUUAGAAGACACCGACUUCAUAUAUUCUUUUUAAGUUUUCAAAUUUUUUUGUCUGUAACAUAAAACAGGUUCAGUUAUUAUUAAUUAACUCUCCGAAAUUAUCAAUAGUUUUUUUUUACUUUUUAACACCUACCGUAAUAUAUAUUUAUUAUAUUUUAUGUUGCUAUCAUAUAGCAUAUCUGUAAAUGAACAACAUUUUUUUGGUCUUCGUGAAAAUUUUUGUUUUAUGGCUUUACCUAAUGAAAAAAUGAAAAUUAUAAAUAUAUAUAAUGUAUUCGAAGGAGUUGUACUAUCCAAAUUUACUAUUAGAGUUAAUUUACA